CUGUGACAAUUAUGUGUGCAUGUUCUCAGUUGUGUCUCACUUAAGAUUAUGCGUUGCUGUGAAGCAUACAUGGUCACUUUAACAAAUUUUCUUUGCUCUCAGCGAAAUGUGAUGCAUCCUGCAAAUUUAGUAAAUGAAUGUAGCUGUGUGUUUUUCAUUGGGAGGCUAUCCAGAAGUGCUAUGGCAGACACCGUCCAAGUGGCGGUACGGAUCCGCCCGCUAAAUCAAUCCGAGACCGAGCGUACUUCGGGCUCCUGUCUAGAAACAGCAGUCGAUACACCUCAGAUAUGCGUGCCGCCUAAUGUAAAAUUUACUUACAACCAUGUUUUUGACCCAUCAAAGACUCAGGAAGAAGUCUACAACACUGCUGUCAAAAACUUGAUAAUAAAGCUGUUUAAAGGUUACAAUGUAACUAUAUUAGCAUAUGGACAGACCGGUUCGGGCAAGACCUAUUCUAUGGGCACAGCUUAUUCUGGUGAGAGCGGGACCAAAGGAAUCAUCCCGAGGUCCAUCGAUGACAUUUUUUACUACGUUGAAGAGAAAGCAGAAGACUGGAACUUCAACAUCACAGUGUCUUUCGUAGAGCUGUAUAAAGAGCAAGUCUAUGAUUUGCUGUCAACCAAACCAAGGGAGCAAACAGUUGUGGAGGUUCGAGAGGAUAGCAAAGGCGUCUUCUUGUCAGGCUUGACAGAGAAGCCAGUCAACUCGAAGCUAGAAACGCUGUCGUGCUUAGAGAGUGGAUCAGCUAACAGAGCAACCGGAGCUACAGCUAUGAACGCUACUAGUUCUCGCUCACACGCCAUAUUUAGUAUUAUAAUCAAGCAAGAAAGCAAAAGUGAAAAAAAAGAGAGGAUGACUGCUAAGUUUCACCUUGUCGACCUUGCUGGCUCAGAAAGGGUGAAGAAAACAGAAGCGAUUGGGGAUCGCUUCGUUGAAGGGACCAACAUCAACAAAGGUCUUCUUGCUCUUGGUAAUGUAAUUUCAGCCUUAGGUGAAGGAAUAAGCUCCUAUAUCAACUACAGAGAUUCGAAACUCACUCGAAUUCUGCAAGAUUCUCUGGGUGGAAAUUCAGUAACGAUGAUGAUUGCGUGUGUAAGCCCAGCUGCCUUCAACAAAGAUGAGACUAUAAGCACUCUGCGCUAUGCUGAUCGUGCCAGACGCAUCAAAAAUAAGCCGAUCAUUAAUACUGACCCUACAGUUGCUGAAAUCGGUAGCUUGAAAAAAGAGAUACAACAACUGCGUCAUGAGCUCAUUCAAGCCAAAGCUUUGAACGGCUCUUCCUGCCCGCCUGAGCAUUCCAAUCUGAGGUCAGACAUGAAAAUCCUCAUCGACAAGAAUAAAAUCCUGGCAGAGGCUUUAAAUGACGCCAUUCUACAGAGCACUAAUCUAUUCGAAAGAGCUCAAAUGGCUGAGGCAGCUCGUGACCGAAUCAGGGACAAAAUCAGCAGUGUACAUGAUGCUUGGCAACAGGUGGAAGACAUUGUUGGUUCAUUGGGCGAGGAGCAGAAGAUAGCUUUUCUCAACUUUAAGCAAACCCUCGGGGAACUUCAGGCCGAACAACGGAGGUCGGAAGAAGAGAUCGUGAAACACGAGAUCUCAGGAGAUAGCUCCAAGUACCAGUCUACUUUUGACCAAAAUGACAGCCUAUGUGGGCAAAAUGUAGAUGAUGUCGAUGAUCGGGUUCAUGAAGAGCUAAUAAUGAACCAAGCCCAACUAAAUAAAGAGCUCAGGGAUCUCAACAAUCAGCUUGCCAAGAAGAUGGAGUUGGCAUCCACCUUAACAGCGUCAUCCAAGCAGAUCAACCACUUAGAAGAAGAAAAUAAUGUCAAGGAGCUUGAAGUACAGAUCGCAAACCUGCAGCGAGAAAAAGACGAGCUGGCAAAUCUGCUGAAAUCUGCACAGGCCAAUGUUCCGAGUAAACUUGCUGAGCAGAGGCGAGAAAAUCGAAACCUGAAACGUAAGUCUGAUGACACUCGCUGCGCCUGCAAAAGUUCAUGCAAGAAGCGUUGCAGUUGCGUUAAGAACAGUAACAGCUGCUCGGAUGCCUGUAAAUGCAGUGGGUCUUGUGAAAACGGAAGUAUGACGGUCAGAAAACUCCGAUGCAAAAUAGGGAAAAAGAAAUGUCCCUCUUGUGGAAAAAUGCUGGCAGCAAACUACUUAAAAUACCAUAUGAAUUUGCACAGAUCUGAAGGCUUCACGAAGCCAUUUCCCUGUGAAUUUUGUGCCGCGAAGUUUUCGUGUCCGUCGAACCUGAGGGUUCACAUGUAUAUCCACACAGGGCACAAGCCUUUUCUAUGCAUGGUAUGCAAGAAACGAUUCGCCGAUGCGUCAACAAGGAGGAAGCAUCACCUGGCGAAACAUUAA